UGUUCUUUUGCCUUCGUUUUCUAACAGAAGCCUAGAUCACUAUCAGCACAUCUAAGAUUUUCCACAAUGGCCGCUUCAGGUGCACUUCCAGGGCUUUUCUGCUGCUUUGCGGCCAUGGUCCUCCUCAUCUUUGUUUCCGUCUCAUCCCCGAAAUGGGAAAGAAUAUCUUUCCUUGACAUAGGAAACCUCCACUUCGGUGUAUUUGGUUACACCGGCUCUCAAGCACAUAUAGGAUGGUACUUCCCCAUUGACACCGCUAGUCAGGUCACCAACGACGUCAAUACCGACAUCCUCCACAACCUCACCUAUGUUCUCAUUCUCUACCCCAUUGCUGCAGGUUUGUCUGGCAUCGCGGUCCUCUUCGGUCUCUGCGGCGCAAGCUACCAUCGCGUCGGCACAGUCUUCAUGACCCUUGUUGCCGCUCUCGCCAUGCUCGCCACCUUGAUCGCCUGGGCUAUCUCAAUGGCCUUAUUUGGCGUGGCCCGAAAUCGGUUCCAGGAUGCUGGUAUCUCUGCCACGUGGGGCAACGCUAACUGGCUCGCGCUUGGAGCUCUUGUUGCCCUAGUUUUUGGAUUCUGCGCCUCAGCAUGUGGAAUCUUUGGGCACUACAGGCGCACCAGGUUCUAAAACAGCACCCUGCGCCAGUUGGUAGGCUACAACGUGCAGAGUGGUAGCUUAUCCUCGAUCAUUCAUGUUUUAUGUUUCAUUUUGACGACGACCCCUUAUGUACCAGAGACAUUUCGAUCUUUCGCACACCCCGCUGUAUCUUUGGCCUCGAUGUUCUCCUAUUUAUAAUAUCAUUUCGUAACCUCCGAAUAUUGUAAUUACGAGUUGAGAAACUCAUGUGGACUUCCGCUAUGUGGAUGGCGUUUUACUAUACCCUUCGUUAU